AUGAUCCGAUUCCUUCGAUUGAAGCUGAUGACGGCGCUACCGCCCUGCACAUCCCCUCGCAACCACCCCGAUGGCGAUGGCGAGCGAGGGACCGAUAUUGCUGAAACCCUCCAAGACUUGACACUCGCCAGCCCUGGUUUCGACAUGGCUGGCAUCUCCGAGGCAAUUCGACAGGUUGAAAAUACCCCAGAGAGGCCGCCUCUGCUGCUGGAGCCGGGGAGUGCCAGCCCCUCGUCGCGGAGACGUCGAUCCCGCUCAGCGCCUCUCGCAGCCGUAGAGAUGCAUGACCUGAAAGACGAGGAAAUGCCGUCUGAUCCGUUUUACGAGGCCGGGUUUCAACAGGCGUUUUUGGACGCUAAGCAGCUCGCCAAAGAGAUGGCACGAGCGCUAUCUAGUUCCUCUCUACACCAAGAACCUGAUUCUACCAUCAACCGACUACAUACUGAGGCUGAUCGCUUAUCCCGUUUUGAGCCUCCCUCGACUAGGACGAUUGCCUUUGUUGGGGACUCGGGUGUUGAGUUCCGCUAUCAUAAUCAGGAUGACUUCGUAGUGGACAUCCAAUGGUUCAGCCCCGCAGAAACCAAACAGCAAUUAACGGACCUUCUUCAGUCCUAUCGCGAAUUUCAUUCGAUUGCGAGCGAUGCCGAUGCGGACGAUAGAGCCGCGUCGGAGGAUGGGGCCUCCACAGCAAUGCAUACGUUUCAGGCCUUAUUUCGAGGGAAGCUCCAGGAACAUAGACAUCUUGUCGCCGCCCCCAUGGAAGAGAUUAUACGUGAGAUGGUCGCUGUCGCGCAAGAUAUCAGGUCGCGCAAUCAUACGGGCCCGAGAACGCUACUACGGCAGGAAGACUGCUCAACCCUCUUGACGAGCCUAACAUCAGAGCAGACAGGUCAUUCCGGCAGCAGUGACUGGCCGCUGAUCAAGACGAUAAGCGUAUCCUUGAAAGCCCAUAUCCUCAGCAAAGGACUAGUUCUUGUGGAUCUUCCAGGCAAGUUUCAAAAGUGGUUCACUUCCCCUCGGAACAUUCGUGCCGACGAGGCGAAGCGGGAUUGGCGAGGCCAAAAGGCACGAGAGAUCCAGCAAAGAAUUGAUGCUGUUUCCCGAGAGAAGGUUAUACUUGGCAGCGUCAAGAGCGGAUUGCAGGCAUACGAAGAUCUCGAUCCCGAGGAGAUGUUCCCGGAAGAGCGCCAGGAUCAAUGGAGGCUGAGGCAGCGGUUAAAGGAAACAAAAUUAAAGCAAUAUCUCAUCGUGAACCGGAACCAGAUGGUGGACCGCGAGCUCCAAGACCAGUAUCGAGAACACGUUCCCAGCCAUUCCCUGGCCAUCUUUUGCGUGAGCAACGUGGACUACUGGGAUCAUCGGCAAGAUCCGAAAGGAGAGGCCCUGCCAUACUUAUCCUUGAGCGGUAUCUUGGGGCUUCGCAAACACUGCAUCUCACUCGUAGGCGAAAGCCAACGGAGGAUUGCCAGCAAGUACAUUCGGGACGAAAUCGCGGCUCUACUGAGCGAGAUGAGUCUGCAUUUCGGUAACCAUCGUACCGCCAAAGUCGGGGCCCGCAACUGGAAUGAAGAAGCGAUGGCCUCCAUGAAUGACGAUAUGGAGCAGCACUGGGCUAAGUUUGAGAGUGAGAUUACUGACAGCAUGGGCGAAAUAACCGCCUUGAUAGAGGAGGAAUUUGAAGAUGUCGCGGUCUCCUUGGGUGGAGGUAGCGACCAGCGGAGAAAGGACACCAUGGAAGGCAGAUUUUCGGAUGUGAACCUCUUCCUCUCCUGGUCGGCAGAGUUCCGGAAACAAUGCACCGAGGUGUGCGAGGAGCUGCGUCAGGGUGUGCGGCAGCUCAUCCGUACCCAUGUUGAGGUGAUUCGCGGGACGCUGGACAUUAUCCGAAAUGAGAAUACUGUUCUCGAGAACGAGAGAGAUUCCGAGUUCCGCGGAAGGAUUGAGGAGCAUUUGGGCUGGGCGCGGUCGGAGUUUGUGCGGAUCAAGGAUGUCGUGGUUGAUUCAUGA